AUGAGUCGCGAACGCGUCAGCUGUUCCAUAAUGGAAGACGGGAAUCGAGAUAAAUCUAGGAAACGACAGCCUAAAAUUGUUAUAAUAGGUGGAGGAAUCGCCGGUUUGGCAGCAGGAAAGUAUUUGGAACUUGAAGGAUUUACAGAUUAUGUUGUUCUUGAGGCUUCUGAUCGAAUUGGUGGCCGGAUUUGGAGUGUGCCAGUGGAUAACAAUGGCCACAAAGCAGAAAUGGGAGCUAACUGGAUACAUGGCAUAAAGCACAACCCAAUUUACAAACUGGCUGAUGAGAACAACCUGUUAACAGAAAGGGAGGUUCAUCUCAACAGUAAAAAUAUAUACUUGACCGAGAGUGGUGAGCCUAUUCACGAGGGUACAGUCAAGAAGGUUGACUUUGCUUACGGGACAAUGUUAUCAUCCUGUGAGGAGUAUUUUCUGUCACCCAACCAAGUCGAUGUCAAUGAUAGUCUUGGGAGUGAAUUGGACCGUUUAAUAGAUGAAAAGUUAGAAAAUACGGCCGGAGAAGAGCGGCACAUGCUGGAGCUGGUCUACCAUCAGCGCCGUCUGCUGGAGUGUUGUAUAAGUGGUUGUGACAGUUUGUAUGAUGUGUCACUUUCUCAGUUUGGAUCGUACAAAGAACUUCCUGGCCGCCACCUGGUGAUUCCCCGUGGCUUCAGUGCUAUUUUGGACAUUGUCAGGGAGGGAAUAACGGAAGAGAAGAUAAAACUGAACACAGCGGUUCGGAAAAUUCACUGGGGGGAUGUGGCCACCAUGCCAGGUGGGACUCAGUGCUCCGAAGACAUGGUUUGUGUAGAGUGCGAAAAUGGUGACAUUUACUAUGCAGAUCAUGUAAUAGUAACCGUAUCCCUAGGUGUUCUUAAAGCAAAUUGUGAUAGGAUGUUCAACCCAGCUCUUCCACAGAAAAAAAUUGAAGCUAUAAACAAUCUGGGGUUUGGCGUUGUUAAUAAGGUCAUUCUUGUGUUUGAUGGGCCUUUAGUGGAGCAGCAUGUUAAUCGUAUUCAUUUAGCAUGGGAUCCUUCUGUGAAUAAUACAGAGAAUUUGAGGGAAAGAUGGUUCAGGAAGAUGUAUGCCCUGGAAGUCAUCCAUGACAAUGUGCUUGUUGGAUGGUUGUCAGGUACCGAAGCUUUGUUCUUGGAGACACUGACAGAUGAAGAGGUCAUGCAGGACAUGGAGAAGGUGGUUAGAAUGUUCCUGCAGUCACAGUCACAGAGCAUUCCAAAUUUGACAAAAGUCAUACGAACUUCCUGGGGACAUAACAAGUUUACCAGGGGCUCGUACAGUUUCGUUGCUGUCGGUGCCUCACAGGAAGACAUCUUGAAUCUGAAGCAUCCCCUCAUUAAAAAUCUUCAGGACAAUACCAAGAAGCCGGUGGUAUUGUUUGCUGGUGAAGCCACACAUCCAUCAUUCUACUCAACAACACAUGGAGCUCUGCUGACUGGUAACAGGGAAGCUGCAAGGAUAUGCAAGUUCUGGAAACCUCAAGAAGCUGCUUUGGGCAGAUAUGCUGACCUUGGCCUUAGUGAUGCAGAGACCACAGAAGAGGAUGUCUCUUCUGAAGAUGAAGGUCUGAGCUUCCCUUAG